CGCAGCAGCACGAUGGCCGACUUCAAAGCAGGAGACCUGGUGUUCGCCAAGAUGAAGGGCUUCCCCCACUGGCCUGCUAGGGUCUGUGAGUCCGAUAAAGGCUACAGGAGGAGAGUUCCCGUCUACUUCUUUGGGACGCACCAGAUAGGAACCCUCCCGCCGGAGAACGUCGUUCCCUUCGCCAAGAACAAGAAGAAGUACGGCAGCGGCGUUCGUAUCCGAGGCUUCGAGGAGGGAAUGUGGGAGAUCCAGCACACGCCUCGGAUCGGCAUCUCGCUCAAAUUUCCAAACAGGACCGGCAUCCAGAGUCCGUCAAGAGGAGCGAGGCCGACUUCGACUCCUUCUAGAUCGACUUCGACUCCCAACAAACCGACUUCGACUCCUUCUAGACCGACUUCGACUCCCAACAAACCGACUUCGACACCCAGUAGAUCGACUUCGACUCCCAGUAGAUCGACUUCGACUCCCUCUAGGUCGACUUCGACUCCUUCUAGAUCGACUUCGACUCCUUCUAGAUCGACUUCGACUCCUUCUAGAUCGACUUCGACUCCCAGUAGAUCGACUUCGACUUCCAGUAAAACCACCACUACGAAGCCCGACAGCAAACCGGCUUCUGGCAGAAACACUCCGAGCAGACUCACAAGUAAUAAACAGGAAGCUGCUUCUUCUUCUUCUUCUUCUUCUGCUUCUAAAACUCCGACGAGAUCUUCAUCGAGGAUCACUGCGGAGAAACCGACAGAUUCCAAACAGACGCCUGAAAAGGUUUCCAGAGACGUAUCCACCACCGAGAGCGCCGUCGCCACGACAACCAGGAGCAGAGCAGCUCGAGAUCCUGAAACAUCUGCAGAGAGCAAAAACAAGUCGACAUCAGACACGACGGAAACAAGAACUCGCUCCAGAGCUGACAAACCGAAACCUGCGGACGUUAAACCCGUUUCCACGGCGACCGGCGACGUCACGUCCGAGAGGAGAACGCGAAGCUCCGGCGAGGCUCCGGAGACAAAAACUGAAGAUACGACGACGACGACGAGCCGAACAACGAGGAGCAGAGCAUCCGAGUCCAAGAAAGAAGAAGAGUCUACGGAGACCCAAGGACUGAAGAGAAAGAGAGGAGAGGAGAAAGCAGAGGGGAAGAAAGAGGAAGAGGAGAAAGUAGAGAGGAAGAAAACGAAGCAGGAAGACGGAAAGAAAGAAGAAGCGACGGAGGAGAACCAGAGGAUGAGGACGAGAGGAUCUGAGAAGGAGGAACGGAAAGAGGAGGAAGAGAUAGAGAGAAAGAAACAAGUCAACAACGACAGGACGAUGAGGAGAGAGAUAAGAGCGAGAGAAAGGGAGAAAGAGGAAGAGGAGGAUAGGGGAGCGAAGAGGAAGAGGGAGGACGACGAUGCUGUGGGGAAGAAAGAGGAGACGAAGAGGAAGAGGUCGUUGUCGGAGAGCGAAGGGACGAAGACGAGGAGACGACGUCUGGCUGCCAAGAGGGAGAGUUUGUUAAAAUCUCUGAGAGGUUUGCUGAAGGCCAAGAGAGGAGUGAGGAGGAGGGAGGCGACGAAGAGCGCUCAGAACGCCGCAGACGGAGCAAAGAUGGAGACGAGGAAGACGGGAAUUCAGAGGACGACGGUGAAAGACUUAAAGAUGAUGGGCAUGAAAACGGACGUGAAGGUGAUGAUCGGAAAGAGAGCGACGGUGGAGAGAAGAGAGGAGAAGACGGUCAGAGUGAAAGAAAACGAGGCGAAGAGGAGUGGAACAGCAGAAGAAGAAGAAGAAGAAAAAGAGAAGAAGACGAAAGACAAAGAGAGCGAGGUGAAGAAAGACGAGAGGAAAAUAAUCGGGAAGAUCGUGAAAGUGACGGCCGGACAAGGAGCGAAGGUUCAAACGAUAGACGAGAAGAAGAAGAAGGAAGAGGAGAGAGAGAAGAGAGGGAGCGCCGAAGAGGAGAAGGAGGUGGAGAGGAAGUCUGAAAGGACGAGAGCGGCGGCGGCAACGGAGAAAAAGGACAAAGAGGAAGAGAUGAAGAAAGCGACAGAAAGAGAGAAGAAGAACGAAAGAGACGAGGCGGAACGAAGGACGACGAGAGAACAGAGGAAGAGUUCGGCGGAGAGAGAGAAGAGAGGGAGCGCCGAAAAGAAGGAGGAGGAGGUGGAGAGGAAAUCUGAAAGAACGAGCGCAGCAGCGCCGAAGAGGACCGACGAGGAAGACAAGAAGCAAAAGAGGAGUGGUGAAGACGGGAUGAAGAACAAGAGCGAAGAGAGGAAGAACGAAAAAGGAGAGGGGGAACAAAGGAUGACGAGAGAACAGAGGAAGAGUUCGGCGGAGAGAGAGAAGAAAGGGAGCGCCGAAGAGGAGAAGGAGGAGAGAGAGAAGAGAGGGAGCGCCGAAGAGAAGAAGGAGGCGGAGAGUAAAUCCGAAAGAGCGAGAGCAGAGACAGAGACAGAGAAAAAGAGCAGGAAGAGUUCGGCGGAAAGAGAAAAGAGGGGGACCGCUGAAGAGAAAGAGGAGAUAGAGAAGAGAGGGAGCGCCGAAGAGAAGGAGGCGGAGAAGAAGAGUGACGACAAAGACGAGAAACAGAAGAAGAGCGAUGAAGACGGGACGAAGAAAGCAACUGAAAAAGAGAGGAAGAACGAAAAAGGAGAGGAGGAAAAGAUGAUGACGAGAGAACAAAGGAAGAGCUCGGCGGAGAGAGAGAAGAGAGGGAGCGCCGAAGAGGAGAAGGAGGUGGAGAGUAAUGCAGAAGAAGAAGAGAAGAGCGGAGCGAAGGAUGAGCCGACGGCGACGAAACCACAGAAGAAGAAUCCGACGAUGACGGACUCGAUGCUCCACAGAAUCCACGGAGACAUUCGGAUCUCACUGAAGACAGACAACCCGGACAUCGCGAAGUGUCUGAAGGCGUUGGAUCAGCUCAGUAUGGUUUAUGUGACGUCGAAACACGUCCAGAGACACAGCGAGCUCGUCGCCACUUUAAGAAAGAUGCGUUUCUACCGAGCGAACCAGGCGAUCAUGGACAAAGCCUCGAUGCUCUACAACCGCUUCAAGAACGCCUUCCUGGUGGGCGAAGGAGAGGAGGUGGUGAGCGCCGCCUUCCUGCGCUCGCUGCUGGAGGAGAAGGAGCGAGAGGAGGCGCAGCGGGUGGAGCGCUGCAGGGAGCGGCUGAGGAGGGAGGAGCUGCUGCAGGAGGUGAAGAGACGCAUGAGCCAAAGUAAAGAGAGAGAGAAAGGUAACAGACAGCAGCACCGACCGACAGCACCGGGCGGAGCAGCACGAGCAGCAGACUCACACACACGGCAGGAUAACGGAGCUGAAGCGCGGGGAGAUCCUGCAGAUGUGCAGCCGGUUAACGAGCAGCUGGACGCCGCUGUGACCGACAGAAAUGGGACGGAGCUUUUCUUCCUGAUAGGAGCUUCAGCAGCAGCGGUGGAACCAGGCUGGCCUGCGGACGCGAGGGGGGACAUCCCGGGCUCAGACAUGGCCCACGUAGGCAACGGAGCCACGGCCGAGGAGGAGGGGGUUCAGUACAUGAGCAUGAAGGGUAUCAAGACCCUUAAAUCGAAUGUGAUGUUAGGCAUCUUUGCAGAGUUAUUUGAAAGGUGGUUUCUAGCAGUACCUGAGUAUGUUUCUUUGGGUCCUUGA